AUUCUCCAUCGUCAAACCUCGCUUUCCCCCCGGGCACUUGUCCCGUCCUUAUUCUCUUUUGUUGGAAUCUGUAUAUAUUUUACGUUAAUAUGGAUACACAUGCGGGUUGCCCUCUCUGAAACUGGCUAGCUUACUAUUCUCCCAUGCGGAGGCGUUUGUAAGCCUUCCACGUUCCGUUUCAAAUGGCGCGCCCCGACAAGCGCAUCAAUGUUGCGGUUGCCAGGGCCAUUCCGCCUUUUUUACUGUGUGUAUCGGUCUAUGCAAGCUAUAUCGUCACCAAGCCGUUAUGCAUUGACUAUCUAAUCCGCCCCCUCCCGAAAUAUCAUCGCAGCAGUCGAGUUGGCGCUGGUGCAGCCAUCCUCGCCAUUUUCUACAUUCUCAUUAUCGUCGUUAUCACCACUUAUCUCCGGCUAUUGUAUAAUGUCGUCCGCAACCCUGGCUACUUGCCCCGCGCCCCUCCGCCGAUAAAGGGACAAGAUACGGAACCAUCGGAUCCUCAACAUCGCAAGAAGAAAAGGCACCGAAAUGGAAGGACCCCCGAGAAGCCAGAUAAAUCAGAGGUAGAUAUUGAAAGGGGUGUUGAUUGCAACGCUGAUGGAGGCCCAAUUCCAUUGGACACGACCGCGUUAGAAAACUUUUAUACAAAAGAUGUUUUUGUUUGCCAAGAGGAUGGAAGACCUCUAUAUUGCUCAACAUGCUGUCACUACAAGACUGAUCGAGCACACCACUGUCGGGAGGUAGACCGAUGCGUGCUCAAGAUGGACCAUUUUUGCCCUUGGGUAGGAGGCGUGGUCUCUGAGACAUCAUUCAAGUUCUUCAUUCAAUUCGUGUUUUAUACGAUGCUAUUCUGCACAUUUAGUUUAAUAGUCUGCGCGACCUUUACGGCCGAAAUGAAGCGACAGACUGGUGGAGCCAAUGUUCACCUUGCAAUUGGUAUUGGAUUGUGCGUAUUCCGCUCCCACAAAUCUUUUUGGUUAUUUUGUUUGACAAUCAACAGGAGCUCUCUUUUUGGCCUUUUCACUUUUGGGAUGACACUAAGUUCCUUACAACUUGCGAUGUUGAACAUGUCAACGAUCGAGAAUCUCAAUCGUCGGUCCGCAGUAUGGACCUUGGCUAUACGCGUGCCAAACAAGAUGUUGGCCAAGCUCAACCCGGAGUCGCGAUGGGCUCCAACAUUCCGCACCAUAACUUAUCCCCUCCCACCCGCGUCUCUUGACCCUGAGGCGGCGAGGGAAUAUCAACCAGCAGGGGAAAAACAUGUCUUUGCCAUUCUACAGACCCUCCCUGGCGAAAACCCCUUCGACCUUGGCAGCCCUUUUAGAAACCUCCAGCAGGUCCUGGGCUAUUCCAUCAUCGACUGGUUGCUCCCUUUUAAGCAAAGCCCAUGCGCAGACCGCACCACAGGGGGAAGCUUCUACGAACUCGGGCCAGUAGUGUCCCGACUUAAAAAGGAGGCUGGACUGGAACCUCCACGUGAGCCGCAGUCCACCCAAACCGAUACACACAAAAGACAUAAACGAAGACACAGCACACAUAGACAGUCGCAGGAGUGACCUUGGUUGAUCCAUAGACUCACUCCCAUUAUAUACACGGAAGUCAUUAAUCAUUACAGUCUGGUCAUUCAGGAGUUUUCCUACUUCUUGGUUCUUGUUUUGU